GCACCCAAACUGACUGGCUCCCAGUCAGAGCAGCGCAGAAAAACUCUCUGGCAGCAAAUUUUCGGAAAAAUAAUCUAGUGAAAAUUCAACCAAUCAAUUUAGUUGCAAAAUCAAAAGCCAAGCAAGCUGCCUAGCCUGGCCUGGCCUGAAGUUCGGGCGUGGACUCCAUUCAUUCAUCCAUUCAGCAUCAAAAAUCUCCCAACAUGUUCUGGACCUUGUAAGUGCUGAGGAAUACCCAACCAACAUGGAGUGCACGAGCAGAUCCUGGCUGCUGUACGGCAUCCUUGGGCUCCUGGCCAUAGCCGCAGUCAGUGCAUCCGAAGACGAAGAGCGCCUGGUGCGUGACCUCUUUCGAGGCUACAAUAAACUCAUACGACCCGUACAGAAUAUGACACAAAAAGUUGGAGUAAGAUUUGGUUUGGCGUUCGUACAGCUAAUCAAUGUCAAUGAGAAAAAUCAAAUUAUGAAAUCAAACGUUUGGCUACGUUUGGUUUGGUACGACUACCAGCUGCAGUGGGAUGAGGCCGAUUAUGGCGGCAUCGGGGUGCUACGUCUGCCACCCGACAAGGUUUGGAAGCCGGACAUUGUGCUCUUCAAUAAUGCCGAUGGCAACUACGAGGUGCGCUACAAGUCCAACGUUCUCAUUUAUCCCACGGGCGAGGUGCUGUGGGUGCCGCCGGCCAUCUACCAGAGCUCCUGCACCAUCGAUGUCACCUAUUUCCCCUUUGACCAGCAGACGUGCAUCAUGAAAUUCGGUUCGUGGACCUUCAACGGUGAUCAGGUCUCGCUGGCCCUCUACAACAACAAGAACUUUGUGGAUUUGUCGGAUUACUGGAAGUCGGGCACCUGGGACAUCAUCGAGGUGCCCGCCUACCUCAAUGUCUACGAUGGCGACAGCACACAUCCCACCGAGACGGACAUCACAUUCUACAUCAUCAUUCGGCGCAAGACUCUCUUCUACACGGUGAAUUUAAUUCUGCCCACAGUGUUGAUUUCCUUCCUCUGUGUUUUGGUCUUCUAUCUGCCAGCGGAGGCGGGCGAAAAGGUUACCCUCGGCAUUAGUAUUCUCCUGUCACUGGUUGUGUUCCUGUUGCUCGUGUCAAAGAUAUUGCCACCCACAUCGCUGGUGCUGCCACUGAUUGCCAAGUAUCUGCUGUUCACUUUCAUCAUGAACACGGUGUCCAUUCUGGUGACGGUGAUCAUCAUCAAUUGGAACUUCCGUGGGCCGCGCACACAUCGCAUGCCCAUGUACAUACGCUCCGUAUUUCUGCACUAUCUGCCCGCCCUGCUGUUCAUGAAGCGUCCGCGUAAGACCCGUCUACGCUGGAUGAUGGAAAUGCCGGGCAUGAGCAUGCCGGCUCAUCCACAUCCCUCGUACGGCUCGCCAGCGGAGCUGCCCAAGCAUAUCAGCGCCAUUGGUGGCAAGCAGUCCAAAAUGGAGGUCAUGGAGCUGUCCGAUUUGCAUCAUCCCAACUGCAAGAUCAAUCGGAAGGUCAACAGCGGCGCAGAGUUGGGCCUGGGCGAUGGCUGUCGUCGCGAGAGCGAGUCCUCCGACUCCAUUCUGCUCUCCCCCGAAGCCAGCAAGGCCACCGAGGCGGUUGAGUUCAUAGCCGAACAUUUGCGUAACGAGGAUCUCUAUAUACAGACCCGUGAGGAUUGGAAGUACGUGGCCAUGGUGAUCGAUCGCCUGCAGCUGUAUAUUUUCUUUAUUGUGACAACUGCCGGCACGGUUGGCAUUUUAAUGGAUGCACCACAUAUCUUCGAGUAUGUCGAUCAGGAUCGCAUCAUUGAGAUCUACAGGGGAAAGUAGGUUGCAGGAGGGAGCAGCGGUAGGAAAGAAAUGGUUAACAGCAUUGCAAACGCAACAAUAAUAAGCAAACAAAAACACAAAGAAAAUGUGGAAGGAAAGUGGCGAACAAACAAUGAAGAAAUUGCCACAAUUAGCGCGGAUUUUUUAGACUUUACUAAACGAAUAAACGAAUUAAUGGCUUGAGCAAAAUUAACCCUAACACAUACAAUUCAAACACACUAAAACAAGUAACUAAAUUAAAGUAAAAACACAGAAGGAUUGGCAGGGGAGGAACACUAAACUGUCGGCAAAUAGUUCAUGCAGCAACAAAUGUUUAACAGAUAAAUCAAAAUAAUACAA